GAGUGGGCGGUGCCGGCGCUGGGAGGGACGGCAAGAGGAUGGGCUAGCGGGACGGCGCCUGCGUUAUGGCGAGGGUGAGCCUUGGCGGCCAUCUUGACUGAGGGCACGAAGAAGGGUCCUGAAAUAAUUAUGUGCUGGGUACUCGUUGUGAGGGUUUGCUAGUUCUCCUUAGGGCAACGGUCAUGAGAAGUGAUGUCAUGGUCACCUGACUGCUGCCUAUACCUCACUCCCUCCACUGUUCUGGUCCUGCUCUUCUGAAAAGCUAAUUGUGUACUCUGUCUUCAGCUCACCUGAACAGAAAGAGACCUGAGCAGAAAGAUUUUGUCUUGAUGGCUGACUCAGAACCACUCUCCUCCCUUGAUGGGGAUCCCAUGGCCACAGAAGCCCUGCUGUGGGACGUGUUUGGGAUCAUUGUGGACGAGGCCAUUCAGAAAGGGACCAGUGCCUGUGAGAAGGUCUGUGAGUGGAAGGAACCAGAGGAACUAAAAGAGCUGCUGGAUUUGGAGCUGCGGAGCCAGGGGGAGUCGAAAGAGCAGAUCCUGGAGCGGUGCCGGACUGUGAUUCGCUACAGUGUGAAGACCUGUCACCCUCGGUUCUUCAACCAGCUCUUUUCAGGGUUGGAUCCCCACUCUCUUGCUGGACGGAUUAUCACCGAGAGCCUCAACACCAGCCAGUACACAUAUGAAAUUGCCCCUGUGUUUAUACUCAUGGAAGAGGAGGUGCUGAAGAAACUCCGGGCCCUGGUGGGCUGGAGCUUUGGGGAUGGGGUCUUCUGCCCUGGUGGCUCCAUCUCCAACAUGUAUGCUAUGAACCUGGCCCGCUAUCAGCGCUACCCAGAUUGCAAGCAGAGGGGCCUCCGGUCACUGCCACUGCUGGCCCUCUUCACAUCAGAGGAGUGUCACUAUUCCAUCAAGAAAGGAGCUGCUUUUCUGGGACUUGGCACUGACAGUGUUCGAGUGGUCAAGGCGGAUGAGAGAGGGAAAAUGAUCCCUGAGGAUCUGGAGAGGCAGAUCAGCCUGGCCGAGGCUGAGGGUGCCGUGCCAUUCCUGGUCAGUGCCACCUCUGGCACCACCGUGCUGGGGGCCUUUGACCCCCUGGAGGCAAUUGCUGAUGUGUGCCAGCGUCAUGGACUGUGGCUGCAUGUGGAUGCCCAUGUUGUUCCUCCUGCUCUGCAGGCCGCCUGGGGUGGGAGUGUCCUGUUGUCACAGACACACAGACACCUUCUGGAUGGAAUCCAGAGGGCUAACUCCGUGGCAUGGAAUCCCCACAAGUUCCUCACAGCAGGCCUGCAGUGCUCAGCUCUUCUUCUCCAGGAUACCUCGAACCUGCUCAAGCGCUGCCAUGGGUCCCAGGCCAGCUACCUGUUCCAGCAGGACAAAUUCUACGAUGUAGCUCUGGACACAGGAGACAAGGUGGUGCAGUGUGGCCGCCGUGUGGACUGUCUGAAGCUGUGGCUCAUGUGGAAGGCACAGGGCGGGCAGGGGCUGGAGCAGCGUGUUGACCAGGCUUUUGCCCUUGCUCGGUACCUGGUGGAGGAAAUAAAGAAGAGGGAAGGAUUUGAGUUGGUCAUGGAGCCUGAAUUUGUCAACGUGUGUUUCUGGUUCGUGCCCCCCAGCCUGCGGGGGAAACAGGAGAGCCCUGAUUACAGUGAAAAGUUGGCUAAGGUGGCGCCCGUACUCAAGGAACGCAUGGUGAAGGAGGGCUCCAUGAUGAUUGGCUACCAGCCCCAUGGGGCCCGGGCCAACUUCUUCCGAAUGGUUGUGGUCAACCCCAUGCUGACCCAGGCCGAUAUGGACUUCCUCCUGGACGAGCUGGAACGGCUAGGUCAGGACCUGUGAGCCUCUCCCACCACCACCUGUCACCGAGUCUCUCUCUGUAUUCCCUUCUUGUGUUCUCAAGAACAACCUUUCCUUUCUGGAAAACAAAGUGGCCUUAACGCUGUUUAGAUGCAUUGACCGUCUAAAUUCUCUACUAAAUAUUUAAUGUUGUUAUUAUUAUUAGUUGCCACUGGCUCAAUUCCGACUCAUGGCGAACCCAUGUGUGCAGAGUAGAACUGCUUCAUAGGGUUUUCAAGGUAACAGAGAAUAUAUAUUAAAACAAAACAAAACAUAGUAUAUUCAUAUGAUGAAAUGUUAUUCUGUCCUUAAAAUUAAUGUUUAUAAAGAGAAUUUUUAUUGACUGAGAAAAAAAUGCCUUUAAUAUAAUGUUGAAAAAGCUGGAUAUAAGAUUUUAUAUACAGUAAUAUCUGAACUGUGUUCAAACACACAUAGGAUAGGGGGCAUCUAGGUCAAUUGGCAUAACAUAGCUCAUAAAGUCAGUGUUGUACAUUCUACUUUGUUGAGUGUCUCUGGGGUCUUAAAAACUUGUAAGUGGCCAUCUAAGAUACAAUUAUUGGUCUCUCCCUGUCUGAAGCAAAGACAAGUAAAGAAGACCAAAGACUCAAGGAAACAAUUAGUCCAAAGGACUAAUGGCCCACAGGAACCACUACUAGCCUAGACCAGAAGAACUAGAUAGUGCCCUGCUGCCACUACCAGCCAUUCUGUCCAGGAUUACAAUAGAGGAUCCCGGACAGAGUGGGAGAAAUAUGUAGAACAAAAUCCAAAUUCAUAAGACCAGACUUACUGGUCUGAUAGAAGCUGGAGUUGCUCACGAGACUAUGACCCUUGAUCACCCUUCUUACUUGGACCUGAAGUUACUCCUAGAGAUCACCUUUCAGCCAAAUAAGAGACAGGCCUCCAAAAUAAACAAUAACACCCGUGAGGAAAGUACUCCUUAGAAGAAUGAACUAUAUGAGACCAAAGGGAAACAUUUGCCCAAAAGCAAAGAUGAGAAGGCAGGAAGGGGCAGGAAUACCAGACAAAUGGGUAAAGGAAACUCAGGGUGGAAUUGGGGAGAGUGCUGAUACUUUGUGGGAUUGCAACCAAUGUCAUGGAACACUUUGUGAAUAAAUUAUUGAAUGGGAAACUAAUUUGCUCUGUAAACUUUCACGUAAAGCACAAUAAAAACAACAAAACACAUAGGAAAAGUUUGAUGAAGUGAAAUAUGCCCAAAUGAUACUAGUUUUCUCUGGGAUGGAAUAAUGGGCAGUUUUUAAAUCUACGUCUUUAUAUCUUUUGUGCUCCUCUCUUAUUAUAUGAUGACUAUGCAUUACUUUUGUAAUAGAAAAGUAAUAAAGUUAUAAGUUCUGUUAUAGUCUC